CGCCGGGCCAGUGCCCACCGCCGCCCAUCAUGGCGAGCGUCCUGUCUUCACUAUGCAUGUACUCCCUGACGCUGUCGCCGCCAUCAGCAACUACUCAGGCCAUCGUGGGAGACUUUGCUGGCUUGGGUAGACAGCAAAUCUUGUCAGCGAACGGGUCGCUUCUCACAAUAUUCGAGGUAUCCCGUCUCCAAAACGGAUUCAUCAUUCACCAUACGCACGACAUAUUUGGAAUCAUCCGGGGAAUAGCAAGCUACCGUCCUCAUUCAGCCAAGAAAGAUUUCAUCAUAGUUUCCUCCGAUUCUGGUCGCGUCGUGGUCCUCGAAUACGUGCACGAGAAGAAGCAAUUUGAACAGAUCCAUCUCGAAACCUUCGGCAAAUCCGGUGUUCGGCGUGUUAUUCCUGGACAAUACCUCGUUGCCGAUCCAAAGGGCAGAGCAUGCAUGCUUGCCUCUGUCGAGAAGAAUAAACUUGUGUGGAUCCUGAACCGCCAUCCUACACAGGGUUUUACAAUAUCGUCGCCACUCGAGGCACACAAGCCGCAGACAUUCGUCUACGCUCUGCUAGGCUUAGACGUCGGCUACGAAAACCCCAUCUUCGCGGCCCUGGAAGUCGACUACUCAGAAAUCGAACAGGACGCCACGGGCGUAGCAUACGAGGAGUAUGAGAAGCAACUGGUCUAUUAUCAGCUAGAUCUAGGUCUCAACCACGUUGUGCGCUUGUGGGCCGACACAGUAGACCGAACAUCUCACAUCCUCUUCCGAGUCCCAGGCGGAACGAAUGGACCAAGUGGAGCGCUCGUCUGUGGAGUGGACAACAUCACUUAUCGCCAUAUGAAUCAGGAAGCCUUUCGCGUGGUAAUUCCGCGUCGUUCAGGAGCCACAGAGAAUCCGAACCGCCGACGACAAAUUGUCGCAGGAACCAUGUAUUCCAUCAAGGGUGGUGGGUUCUUCUACCUGCUCCAGACGGAGGACGGUGACCUAUUCAAGGUAGCAUUGGAAUUGGAAGAAACGAAAGCCAAUCCCAACGGCGCUGUUAAGAGACUUAAAAUCAAAUACUUUGACACCGUGCCGGUUGCGUCCAGUCUUUGUCUGCUUCGGUCGGGAUUCUUGUUUGUUGCGUGCGAGAGCGGAAGCCGGAUUUUGUACGAACUUGAGGCACUCGGCGACGCAGACGAUGAUCCAUGGUUCCACAGUGACAACUACCCAGCUGAUCCUGCUGUGGACGCCAAACCCGCUUUUUUCCAGCCUCGCCCUCUGCGGAACUUGAACCCCGUUGAAACUAUGCAGGACUUGAACCCAGUCAUGGCAGCCAAGGUCGUCAAUCUCUCUAAUGAAGACGCGCCGCAAAUUUACACCCUUUGUGGCACUGGAGCUCGCAGUUCUCUCAAGACUGUAAGAAAUAGCCUGGCGGUCUUGGAUCUCGUGGAGUCUCAGUUGCCCCAGCCCGCGUCGGCCGUCUGGACGACAAAAAUGACCGUGGAUGAUGUGCACGAUUCCUAUAUCGUGUUGUCGUUAGUUUCCAUGACUCUUGUUCUCAGUAUUGGCGAGGAUGUCGAGGAAGUGACAGACAGUGGAUUCAUGAAGGAAACUACCACUCUCGCGGUUCAGCAGUGGGGACCAGACAACCUGCUACAAAUCCAUCCACGAGGCAUCCGCCAUAUCAACGCCGAUAAGGUAGCUUCGGACUGGCAUGCUCCUCAACAUAGAACGAUCGUGACAUGCGCAACCAAUAACAGACAGGUGGCGAUUGCGCUAAGCUCCGGCGAGAUCUAUUAUUUCGAGUGCGACUCCGAUGGAGCUCUUGCUAAGAGUACCGAUGAGUCGAAGAUGGACGGUACGAUUCUCUGUCUCGGUCUUGGGCAAAUUCCUGAAGGCCGAGUACGAUCCGACUUGCUCGCUGUUGGAACCGAUGAUCAGGCAAUCCAGAUUCUUUCUUUGGUUCCUGAUGCCAGGACUGGUCACCGAUUGAAGCAGCAAUCAAUUCAGCUUACUUCAUCACCACCCAGCUCCCUUGCCAUUAUGUCAAUGAAAGAUCGGUCAAGCCAGGGGUCCACUCUCUAUUUGCAUGUCGGCUUGAUAUCCGGUAUAUAUAUUCGUACCGCCCUAGACGAGCAUGAUGGAACUAUGAGCGAGAUUCGAAAAAAGUUCUUAGGACACAAGCCAGUCAAGAUCGUACCUUGCGUGGUCAAGAAGGAAAACGCGAUUCUUAUCCUCACCUCCAGGCCAUGGCUUGGAUAUUCAGAUCCCAAGAACAACAGCCUGGCUCUCACGCCGAUCAGCUACCUACCUCUCGAAUCUGCUUGGACAUUUAGUAGCUCUCAAUUCGAGGGAAUGAUUGGCAUCCACGAGGAUGAGCUUCGAAUUUUUGCAAUCGACGAAAUCCGGAGCAACAUCACCCAGGAUUCGAUACCUCUCACAUAUACGCCGCAUCGAUUUGUGUCUCACAACUCACUGUUUUACGUCAUCGAGCGUGAGAACCACACAUUGGCACCAAAAAUGCGACAGCAACUUAUCGAAGAUGCCAAACAUAAAGCUAUCGAGAGUGGCAAAAAGAACGGCGUGACGAAAGAGGAAGAUGACGAAACCGAACUCCUUCCAGAGAAUUUUGGAUAUCCUUACUCCGAAUUUCAUUGGUCGUCAUGCAUAGAGAUCGUUGAUCCAGUCGAAGGCAAGGCUGUGGUCAAGUCUUUUGAACUGGAUAACAAUGAAGCAGCUGUUAGCAUAGUCAUGGUUCCGUUCGACAGCCGAGAGUCUGAGACCUUCCUCGCAGUGGGCACAGGCAAAAACAUUGGAUGGCCGGCAACACAGCACGAGAACUUCAUCCGGAUCUACCGAAUUUUGGAAAACGGUCGUUCGCUCGAGUUAGUCCACAAGACAAAGCUGCCAAAGCUCCCUCUCGCUCUGCUUGCAUUCAAAGGAAUGUUAGCUGUCGGUCUUGGGCCGGACUUAGCCCUCUACGACAUAGGCAUGAAGCAGCUGCUGCGCAAAAGCUUGUUGGAGAAAGCAACACCAAGUUGUAUCAUGCAACUCCACACUCAAGGAAGUCGCAUCGUCUGUGCGGAUCAGCGCGAGAGCUUAACAUACGUCGUCCACAAGGGACAGGGCAAUCGACUGAUCGCGUUUGUUGACGAUUCUAUUGCUCGAUACACUACAUGCUCCGGAAUGACUGACUACGAGACGACCGUUGGAGGCGACAAAUUCGGAAAUAUAUGGAUGCUUCGAUGCCCACCGGAUGUUUCGACAAAUGCAGACGAAGAAGGCGAAGGCAUACAUUUACUACAGAAGGGCUACCUCGGCGGUACGCCGAAUCGUUUCGAGCUGAUGAUGCACUACUUCACACAGGACAUACCAAUGGCUGUCCAGAAAACUCCUCUCACUCCCGGAGGUGAAGACGUCAUUUUCUGGGCAGGGCUCCAGGGUACCUUGGGUGUGUUCGUUCCUUUCGGCCGUCGAAAAGACCUCACGAUGUUUCAAGAGCUCGAGCUUGCUAUGCGCAAAGAAGACAAGCCGCUUGCUGGGCGCGACCAUCUCGCAUACCGUGGAUAUUACGCGCCUGUGAAAGGUGUGGUUGACGGGGAUCUGUGCGAACGAUUCCUCUUGCUUUCUAGGGACCAAAAACAGGCCAUUGCUGUCGCCAUCGAAGGGAACUGGCCCGUGGAAAAGAUUGAAGCUAGUAUCUGGACUAUGAGGGGCUUACUUGCCUUCUAAGCUACUAGGAGGACACUUUGCUAUUGGAUCAUACGGAACUUACUUGUCUUCUAGGCUACCUGGAGGACACCGUGCUAAUACCAACGGCUAAAUGACUUAAGAUGAUCUUACCGACUAAUGCAACAGCGCUUGUCUAGGUGAUCACUUGUACACUAUUUGGAUCAUAGCAGUUUGCUUCUACGGACUUGGGGCGCCUGGGGGAAAGCUUGCGGCGAACUCAUACCCAAACAUGCUACAUCAAACCUUUCAAAUGCUGGACCGUUUGAUCAUGUCCAGGCUAUAAAAAAAAAAAUCAAAAUCAACAUCCACCAGAUGCUUUCUCUG